UCUGAUUGCAGGUUGCGUCGGUUUUUCGUUUGUGUUUGGAGACGAGGCAGUAACAAGCCAACUCUGCCAACUGAGAAAGUUGCGUGAGUUCACGCAGGUGUUUGGUGUUUUGAGACACUUGAGGACCUUGUGGAGGUUAAAGAUGCGCAGAGGUGACCAAUACAAAAGCAAAAAUGAUGGACGAGUUUAUUUUUACUUUGGUAAACUGGGCUUUCCUACAGGAUCUUUCAAGCAAGUCCUGUCAAAAUAUGUGAACGCUCUUUUAAACACCAAGGGUGGUAUGCUAGUGUUUGGGGUGGAGCCGUCAGGAAAAAUUAUUGGUUCCAAUAUUUACGGCAGGCAACAGGAAGACCUGUAUAAGUUAGAAUUGGAUACGGAGGUCAGGGCAACUAGACCAACAGUGUCACCAAGCCUCUGCAGGUUUGUUGUUACACAGUUGGAAGACUCUCAACAUCUAUGCAUUGUAGAAAUUAAAAUCAGUGCUGGUCCAAUCGGAGAAAUAUUUAUGAACUCUUCAGAACAGGUCUAUGUUAUCAGGAGAAGACAACUGUUUGGUCCUCUAAUUCCUCAGGAAAUCAAAGACCUUGUCAUUGCAAAGUAUAGAGAGGUAAUAAUGUUGAAUUAUUGUAUUCUGACCAAGGUUGUUCAAAACCCAGGAUUGGCAAUAAUUUUGAUUUGAGUUUUGUAACUUUUUCGCUGAGGUUUUCUGUUCAUAUUGUUUGUCCUUCAGAUUUGAGUUUGAAUAAACU